CGCUGGGAGCCAAAGCCACCGGUUGUGGCGCGCCAGUGGACGCCGGGUCCUUGGUCGGGGCCGUUCGGACGCGUUUGGACGUGUCCGGACGCGCUGGUAGAGGACCAGCGGCUGCCCCUCCACCCAGCAUGAUGAGGAGUCUAGCAGCCCUCACAGUACUCCUCGGCGGCGCGCGGGCGGACACGUGUGCCGAGGGCAGCUACGCCACGACGAACGAGAGCGCCUGGGGGAGCGCUUGUGCGGGCUGGGCGCCCUGCCCGGUUGGCCAUUACUGCGUCGACGGCGCGCGGCACGCGUGCCCCGCCGGCACCUACGGCUCAUCGGAGAAGGAGACGUCAUCAAAAUGCACGGCUACGUGUAAGGCGGGCGCCUACUGCCCCGCCGGCUCCUCUACUGAAACGCCGUGCCCAGCCGGCACGUUUUGCCCCCGCGGCGCCGAGGCGCCCACACUCGUACAGAUGGGCUUCUACGCCGACGAUAGAAGAACACAGGAGCACCGCUGCCCGCGCGGGAGUUAUUGUAUCCAGGGAAUACGCAAGGAGUGUGAACCGGGCACGUACGGUUCCCAGACGGGCCUCUCCUCAUCGACGUGCUCCGGUAACUGUUCAAAGGGCUACUACUGCCCCGCCGGGAGCACGUCGGCCCAGGAGAAGACGUGUGGCGGCCCCUCGUACAUCUGUCCGGAAGGUUCGGUCUCACCCACUCCUGUCAGAAGCGGCCACGUCGCCGUCAAUAGAGGAGAGGGCGCGCGCGCGGGCUUCUCGAAAGAAAUUCUGGGCGUCGAGGGCGGCUGGGCCGACAAAGGCGUACAAUACUACUGUCCACCUGGAAAGUUCGGGAACACGUCCGGCGUGCAAGCUCUAAAUGAAUCAGCGUGCUUCGACUGCUACCCCGGCUACCGGUGCCCGCACGAGGGCCACACCACAAACACCCAAAAGAGCUGCGGCGCGUCUGAUCUAUUUUGUCCCGCGGGCACCGCGACGCCCAAACGAAUACGAAGAGGCUACUACGGCGUCUUCACCAAGAAUUUGAUGGGCACGGAGACUUAUGUCCCAAGAAUCGGUUUGGAAGCCCACACGGUGAGCGGCCGCGGUUCAUCACAAACGCGGAACUACUCGUACGAUGAAAGGCCAUGCCCGCCGGGGACGUACUGUCGCGAGGGUUUGGUGUAUGACUGCCCCGCGGGGCGCUUUGGUAAGAAAGAGGCCUCCGACGACGCGGAAUGCGACGGCCCUUGUGCUGCUGGGAGGUACUGUCCUGAUCAAAGAAGGACGCAGCCUUAUGGGUUUGAGUGCGGCGACGUCACCAAGAUCUGCCCUUUGGGCUCGUCGCAGCCGCAAUUGGCCCGAGCUGAAGGCUGGUACACGGUCGGUGGAGUAGACGAUGCUACAAGGACUCACGAGAUCCGGUGCGAGCCCGGGGGCUGGUGUUCGAACUCGAGGCGGUUCCUGUGUACGCGAGGAAGUUAUGGCGACGAGUACGGUUUUAGUUCACCGUCGCAGUGCAAGAAUUCGACACCUGGCUACUACAUUCCCUCGGACGGAGCUGUUAGGGGCGACGCCGUGCCCUGCGGCGCGCAUACUCUAUAUUGCCCCGACUAUGGCAUGAACAAGCCCCUGCCCGUCCAGCCGGGCUACUAUUCUGUUGGAGGUGACGACGGUACGAAGAGAACAGGCGUGAGGAUAGCGCCUCCGGGCACGUACGCGGAGGACGCGAGACUCUUCGCCUGCCCGGCGGGGCGCUACGGCGCGCGCAAAGGAUCUAUAGAUCCGCAGUGCGACGGCUAUUGCAAGGCGGGCUACUACUGCGACGCUGGAAGUACACGACCGACGAUGCGCGCUUGUGGCGGGCCAGAAUAUAUAUGUCCUCGGAGAGGUUUGAUGAACCCCAUGCGCAUCUCGGAAGGCUACUACACGACGAUAGCCCUCAAUCCCUCGGACGACGGCGCGUUCUCGGACCCGUGCCCGCCGGGCCGGUGGCGCAACGCCACCGAGACAAAAGACUACACUUUGAAAACUCCCUCAAAACACGACGGUGUGAGUAGGGCGUCAUAUCCGGAAUGCCAGCUCUGCCCCUCCGGCACGUUCAAGCAAGUGAACGGUGAUUCUCUCUCGCUAUGCCGACCGUGCGACAACAUGACCAUGGCUGACGAGGACGAUCGCGUCGCGUGUACGUGCUUACGGGAGCCGGGCGGCCGCACUUUAGAGGAUGAUGAAGUGUUAGUGUUCAACUACACUCGUUCAUCAAAUAAAGCCGUCUGUUCGGCCGUCAAUCACUCGAGGGUCGACGAAGUGCUCGCGAAGUUCGCGAAACUCUUCAACGGGACGCAAUUUACAAAACGAUCGCAGACGGCCUGCGAGCCGGGCUACUGGUGUCGCGGCGGCGUGCGGAGGCCUUGUGCUCCUGGUAGGUAUGGAGAUUCUAGGAGAGAGACCCGUUCUGAGUGUGCCGGUGAAUGUUCCCCAGGUUUCUACUGCCCCGAGGCGUCCAUAUCAAGCACGCAAGUGCGGUGCGGCCCGGAUAGGUACUGCCCCGCGGGGUCGGCCGUGCCGCGGCCCUUCGGCCGCGGCUCGUACGCUGUGGAGGUUGAGCACGGCGUGCCGGCGGACGUCUACACGCGCCAGGCGCCGUGUCCGGCGGGGAGCUAUUGUGUUGAUGCCGUCAGAUACCCCUGCGCGGCCGGACGGUACGGCAGUCAGACGCACGCGAACUACACCAAUCCAGACUGCGAGGGCCCGUGCGAGCGCGGCUACUUGUGUCCCCUGGAAUCAACAUCACCGCGCCAAAAACCCUGCGGCCACCCGGCCGUCGUCUGCCCCACCGGAAGUUACGAACCUAUUGAAGUCCCCGACGGCUACUACUCGAUCCACACGGGCGCCGACGCGGAUGAAAGAGCAUAUCACGAUCCUCAUGGAGCACACAUGGACGCGUUUUUGCCCUGCGAGCCGGGCUACUACUGUCAGAAGGGCAUCAAGUACGCGUGUCCUCCCUUUAGGUACGGCUGGCGCUACAUGCAGACUUCAGCAGAGUGUGACGGCGCGGUCGCGCCGGGCUGCUACGCGCCGCAGCCCCAGGGCGGUCCCCUACUGUCCGAUUGCCCGGAGCAGUGCGGGGGCAUCGACGUGUACUGCCCGCCGACGGGCCGCGAGAAGCGGCCGACGCUCGUGUCGCCGGGCUACUACGCCGUCGGCGGCACGAACACGACGCGGACGGGCCAGGAGCCCUGCCCGCCGGGGACGUCCUGCGCCAACGGCGUUAUCACCGACUGCCCCGCGGGCCGCUACCAGCCCUUGUCGGGGCAAGUCCGGUGCGACAACGCCUGCCCGCCGGGCGCGUACUGCCCCGAGGGCAGCGCCGAGCCGGCGCCGUGCCCCGUGGGCACGUUCUCGCUGGGGCUCGUCGAAGCUUGUACUGCGUGCCCCUACUUCGACGGGCAGACGGAGCAGACCUGCUUCGACGACCGGUACUGCUGCCCAGAGUUUACCACAUAAGUACAUUUAC